CAAGCUCAUCUGAAAUGUUCCCCCAUGUCCAGACGGGCUUAUACCCACCCCACAUAACUCACCAGGAAUCAUGUUUAUUAAAUCGUGGAUAAGUCUGGCUGAAGGAACUCCUGCAUGAUUUUUACUUUUGUUUUUAACAGAAGUCUUGCUUUGGUUUUAAAUUUUACGUGCUAGAAAAUGAAAUUUCCGUUUUAUUGGCUAACCGGGGCUCAAAGAGAGUGAUUUUUGCGGGCUUGGUGGUCAAAAAUUACGGUGGCAUGGCUACUGAUCCGACGUGAUUAGCCAGAGUUUCUCUGGAACUCAUGAGUGGGUACACCAUGCUGCGAAAUGGGGGUUUUGGGAACGGAGGUCAACCUUGGAUGCUCCGGUGGUCCAGCCGAAUUCGACUUUCCUGGCUCAGCUUCACGCUGUUCAUCAUCCUGGUUUUCUUCCCUCUCAUAGCCCACUAUUACCUCACCACCAUCGAUGACGACAACAGCCGAGGCAAACCACCCUUUGUCCCCCGGACAGGCAAUGAACUCUGCGAAGUUAAGCAUGUUCAGGAUCUGUGCCGGAUCCGAGAGUCCGUCAGCGAAGAGCUCCUGCAGCUGGAAGCCAAGAGGCAGGAGCUCAACAGCGAGAUCGCUAAGUUAAACUUAAAAAUAGAAGCAUGCAAAAAGAGUAUAGAGAACGCUAAGCAAGACCUGCUUCAGCUCAAGAAUGUCAUCAGUCAGACAGAACAUUCGUACAAAGAACUGAUGGCACAAAAUCAGCCAAAGCUUUCAUUGCCAAUCCGGCUGUUGCCAGAUAAAGACGAUGUUACCAUACCUUUGCCAAAGUCCAAAAGGAACUGCCGGCUACAUAACUGUUUCGAUUACUCGAGGUGCCCCCUUACUUCAGGUUUUCCUGUUUAUGUGUACAACAGUGACCAGUAUCCUUUUGGCAACUUGAUAGAUCCGUUGAUCAAACAAGCCUUGGAGGCCAGUGUCAGAACUAAUGUAUACGUGACUGAAAAUGCAAAUAUUGCUUGUAUAUAUGUGGUUUUAUUGGGAGAAAUGCAGGAAUCCUUAAUGCCAAAACCUACUGACCUAGAGCAACAGUUGCACUCUUUGCCAUAUUGGAGGACUGAUGGCCACAAUCACCUUAUCAUUAACUUGUCUAGGAAAUCGGAGACCCAAAACUAUCUUUAUAACGUCAGCACGGGGCGUGCCAUGAUUGCUCAGUCCACCUUUUAUGAUUUACAGUAUCGGCCGGGGUUUGACAUCAUCACAACGCCAUUAGUCCAUGCAAUGUCCGAACCCAACUUUCUCGAGAUCCCAUCGCAGGUGCCAGUAAAACGAAAGUACCUUUUUAGUUUCCAAGGAGAGAAGAUUGAAUCCUUGCGUUCAAGCCUGCAAGAGGCCCGUUCAUUUGAGGAGGAGAUUGAAGGCAAUGCACCAGCUGACUAUGAUGACCGCAUCAUCACCACUCUUAAGGCUGUCCAGGACAGUAAGUUAGACUUUGUCAUGGUUGAGUUUACGUGUAAAAACCAGCCCAAAGCAAGCCUGCCCACUGAGUGGGCCCUAUGUGGGGGAAGGGAAGACCGGUUAGAGCUACUGAAGCAAUCCACAUUUGCACUUAUAAUUACCCCAGGAGAUUCCCAGCUUGUCAUAUCCGCUGGCAGUGCCAUGCGACUCUUUGAGGCUCUUGAGGUUGGAGCUAUCCCGGUCAUUCUUGGAGAGCAGAUCCAAUUACCUUAUCAUGACAUGAUACGGUGGAAUGAGGCAGUGUUAAUUAUACCAAAACCACGUAUCACAGAGGUACAUUUUCUCUUGAGAAGCCUUUCUGAUAACGACCUGCUUGCCAUGAGACGGCAAGGACGUUUUCUUUGGGAGAUCUACUUUUCUACGUCCGAUACAGUUUUUAACACCAUCUUGGCAACUCUAAGGACUCGUAUCCAAAUUCCAGCAGCUCCUAUCAGGGAAGAGGCAGCGGUGGAAAUUCCUCAUCGUUCGGGAAAAGCUGCCGGUACAGACCCAAACAUGGCAGACAAUGGAGACUUGGAUUUGGGACCAGUGGAAACCGAACCACCGUACUCCUCUCCUAAAUACCUGCGCAACUUCACUUUGACUGCAACAGAUAUCUACCGUAACUGGAAUUCGGCCCCGGGCCCAUUUCACCUAUUUCCACAUACACCUUUUGACCCGGUCUUGCCCUCUGAAGCAAAGUUCCUGGGAUCUGGUACUGGGUUCCGUCCAAUAGGUGGCGGGGCCGGUGGAUCUGGAAAAGAGUUCCAGGCUGCUCUUGGUGGAAAUGUACCAAGGGAACAGUUCACUGUGGUUAUGUUGACCUACGAGCGAGAGGAAGUAUUGAUGAACUCUCUAGAGAGGUUAAAUGGACUCCCUUAUUUAAAUAAAGUUGUCGUAGUUUGGAAUUCUCCCAAGUUACCAUCAGAGGACCUCUUAUGGCCAGACAUCGGCGUGCCUAUAAUGGUGGUGCGCACAGAAAAGAACAGUCUAAAUAAUCGUUUCCUUCCCUGGGAUGAGAUCGAGACCGAAGCUGUCCUCUCCAUCGAUGAUGACGCCCACCUCCGUCAUGACGAAAUCAUGUUUGGUUUCCGGGUGUGGAGGGAAGCGCGGGACCGCAUUGUUGGCUUUCCUGGACGUUAUCAUGCCUGGGACAUCCCUCACCAGUCCUGGCUGUACAACUCCAACUAUUCCUGUGAGCUGUCCAUGGUGCUGACGGGAGCGGCCUUCUUCCACAAGUAUUAUGCCUAUUUAUAUUCCUACGUGAUGCCGCAGGCAAUCCGGGACAUGGUGGACGAGUAUAUCAACUGUGAAGAUAUCGCCAUGAACUUCCUGGUCUCCCACAUCACCCGUAAACCUCCCAUCAAGGUGACCUCUCGCUGGACCUUCCGUUGCCCCGGCUGCCCCCAGGCUCUCUCCCACGACGACUCGCACUUCCACGAGCGACACAAGUGCAUCAACUUCUUCGUCAAGGUGUACGGAUACAUGCCGCUCCUCUACACCCAGUUCAGGGUGGACUCCGUUCUCUUCAAGACUCGGCUUCCUCACGACAAAACAAAAUGUUUCAAGUUCAUAUAACGCACUGAAGUCCCAACA